AUGGCACAAGACGUGGAUCAUAGCCCUCAGGUUCCCAAUCAAGUUCCUGAUCAGGUUCCUGAGCAAGCUACCAUUCGUGGCAAUCCAAAGAAGCAAAAAAUUACUAAGAAGUCUGGUUUAGCUGGAAACCAUGGAAAAUCCGAGUUUCCUCGUGAUGAACAAGAUAAUGCACAGACACUAAUUUCUGUAAUGGGAGGUCAAACUUGCAACUGGAAGUUUGACCAGGAGCUAUGUAGGAGUUUUCUUGCAAAAAUGAUUAUCCUUUGUGAACUCCCAUUUAGCUUUGUAGAAAAGGAAGGCUUUAGGAUGUUUUGUGAAGUUAUACAACCCAAAUUUCAUGUGGUUUCCAGAACCACAAUCACAAAGGAUUGUUUACAAAUAUAUCAUGAGGAAAAAAGCAAGUUCAAAGAUUAUUUUAAAGAGAUUUCUGCACGAAUAUGCAUCACAACAGAUUUGUGGACUUCGGUUCAAAAUCUUGGGUAUAUGGCCUUGACAGCUCACUUUGUGGACAAAGAUUGGGUCCUUAGAAAGAAAAUCAUAAAUUUUCGAGUUCUUCCACAUCCACACAAAGGAGAGGUUAUUGCAAAGGCUAUAGAAAAUUGUCUCUUAGAGUGGGGAAUAGAAAAGGUUAUGACAAUCACCCUUGAUAAUGCGAAGAAUAAUGAUACAUGUGUGAUGGAUUUAAAGAAAAGAUUUAACAAGAGAAAUAUGAUGUUAUUAGGUGGACAGUUCUUUCAUGUAAGGUGUUUUGCACAUGUCAUCAAUUUGGUUGUGAGGGAUGGAAUUGAAGAGGUGAAGACAACCAUCAAGCGCCUUCGUCGAAGUGUUAAGUAUGUGAGGAGUAGUUCAUCACGUUUGCAAAUGUUUAAAAAAUGUGCUUUGGAGGAGAGUGUAACUUGCAAGAAGGUUGUGUGUUUAGAUGUUAAAACAAGAUGGAAUUCAACAUAUUUGAUGAUAAAUGCAGCAAUGGAGUUUGAGAAAGUAUUUGAUAGGCUUUUGGAGCAUGAUCCAUUCUAUAGAAGUGAAUGUGAACUGAAAAAAAAAUAA